AUGUUUCCUGAUACUGUAUUCGCAAGUGAAGUGAUGGAGAUGGGAGAGUGUUUCAGGUCCUGGGCAUCUCUGAACCCCAGCUCUAAGAAGUACUUCACUGUGAUCGAUGACGUCAAUCUGAACCAGAUCCCAAAUGUUCUGUUUUCGUCUUCUUAUUUUAAGAACAAGAAAUUGUUGCGUGGGGUGUGUGGUGCUGGAAGUCUGCGGCUAGUGGCAUUCACAGACAGGUACGGCUACUGUCCCGGAGAGACCAUCUACAUCACAGUCUCCUGCACCAAUAACUCACUAUUCACAGUCAGAAAAGUUGUCAUCUCACUGCAACAGCUGGUGAUAUACACUUCAUCGACUGGACAUCGGAAGUGUCAGUGGAACUGUCUGCUGUCCUCCACAAAGGGGGGCUGCUCCAGACAGGGGGGAGUGUUUGGAGUGAGUCAUCUGCCCCUCCACAUUCCCUCCAUCCCCAUGACCUGUGGGGAACACACGUGCAGAUGCAUAUCCACAUCCUAUUCCAUAAAGCUGGUGAUAUACACUUCAUCGACUGGACAUCGGAAGUGUCAGUGGAACUGUCUGCUGUCCUCCACAAAGGGGGGCUGCUCCAGACAGGGGGGAGUGUUUGGAGUGAGUCAUCUGCCCCUCCACAUUCCCUCCAUCCCCAUGACCUGUGGGGAACACACGUGCAGAUGCAUAUCCACAUCCUAUUCCAUAAAGAUCAAGUUCCGGAUCCGUAAGGGGCUGGCGUAUACGGUUGAUUUGCCAGUGGUGAUCGGCAGCAUACCAAUCAGCAUUUUUGCAUCCCUCAAACACGGAAUUAUACAUCCCCGCCCCACCCACCUCGAAUGUGCGAUGAAGGGGGGUAGCAUAGAGGACGAUGAUGACGUCACCAACGCAUGUCCGGGAGACGCCUGUCAGUUGCACUGCUUCACCCCCGCCUACACCUACUACGACUGGAGGGGACACUACCCCGCCCCCCACAAACUACCCUACGUCAUCACCGGAAACAAACUCCUCAAAUAUUGAUGCGCCGAUAAUUAAUACGAUUCAA